AUGAAUUUAUUAAGUUUCAGUGCUUUGGUUCUGGGUUUUUUGUUGUCAUAUGAUGGAAUUCGAGCGAGUUUCGCACAGUUAAACAGCAAUGCAAAGAAUUAUAUUACAUGGGAUGACAUGAAAGUGGAUGAUUACAGGUUGCAUAUAAGAGAUGAAGGGAAUUGGAGUAAGGUUAUUGUGGUUGACAAAAAUGGCCGGGGAAAUUCUUUAACAGUUCAAGGUGCAGUUGAUAUGGUGCCGGAAAAUAAUGCAGAUAGAGUGAGAAUUUACAUUCUUCCUGGAGUUUACAGUGAAAAGGUGUACAUUCCAGCCUCUAAGCCGUAUAUUUCCUUCAUUGGAGAUCAGGAUCGAGUAUCUGAAACAGUUAUAACAUGGCACGACAAGGCUUCUGAUAGGGAUGAAAAUGGAGCUGUACUAGGGACUUUUAAUUCAGCCACUGCCACAAUAGAAUCUGAUUACUUUGUUGCAACAGGGAUCACUUUUGAGAAUACAGUGUGCGCAGUGCCUGGAGGAGUAGAUGGAUACCAAGCUGUUGCCUUAAGAAUUGCUGGCGACAAAGCUAUGUUUUACAAUGUUAAAUUUCUGGGAUCACAGGAUACGCUUUUGGAUCAAACUGGAUCACACUAUUUUUACCAGUGUUUCAUCCAAGGAUCAACAGACUUUAUUUUUGGCAAUGCAAAAUCUCUCUAUCAGGAGUGUACUCUACAUGUUCUAGAGGAUGGAUAUGCAGUAGCAGCUCAACACAGGAACUCUCCUAAUGAUGAUACAGGCUUUUCUUUCUUGAACUGUACAGUUAAGGGAAAAGGAAGAACUUUCCUGGGUAGAGCUUGGGGGGAUUAUUCGCGAGUUAUAUAUUCGUACUGUGAAUUCGAUGACAUUGUAAGACCAGAAGGAUGGAAUGACUGGAAGAAACAAUAUAGAGACAAUACUGUGGUAUUUGGAGAAUACGAGUGCAGAGGCGAUGGAGCAGAUAGAAGACGAAGGGUGCCGUGGUCUAAAGCUCUGAAUUACAUGGAAGCAAAGCCAUUUUUGGGCACGCAAUUCAUAGGCGGAGAGCAGUGGCUAAGACUAUAG